AUGGUCAUACUUUUCAUAUUAGUUGUUGCAAUGCAUCUUCAGUCCGCAAAGAACGAUGUCCAGAUGUCAACUGAAGUGAUGGAAAUUGAUAGCAAUUCAUCAGAAGUAAUCCCUCAGGAUCAGCCCUCAACAAUUUUACGAAAAUUAUCUCGAAAAGUUAGCAAGGCUGAUUCCUAUGCCAUCUAUUGCUAUUAUGAAUUUGGCUUAGCAGUAAUCAAUCGUCUCAACGAAUUAAUAGAACAAGGGCAGAAGAGGGCACGAAAUAAGUUAAAUACGAAGGUUCAGAAAUAUUUACCAGCUGGUACUUCUCUAGUCGUGGCAAAGGAUAAAAUUAAAAAGGCUAGAAAAAUGGUUGAUAUUUUUGGUCCUAUAG